AUGAUAACUCAAAGUUUUCAGAACGACUUCAUAGGGACCACCAAUAUUUCCUUGGGGACAUCCAUCGGUCCGGUCGAGGAACCCCCAGAGAGUCUUCUCCAAAUUGAUGCUAUACGACAGUUUGUUCACAUCCGCCCAUUGAGCUUGUUUAGCAUGUUUAGCUCUCGCAUCGUUGAUGCCAUCCGCACAAUCUACUCUAGUCAUAGUCAAGCCGUGGACGGAAUGGACCAGAAGGAACGCAAUGGCAAGGAACUUCAUUGUUGGAAGGUGUACUUCGAAUCAAUUGAAACUGAGCUUUUCCUGGUAGAUAGAGAGCUUAUAUAG